UAACGUCGGUGUAAAAUGAAUUUAAUGAAAAUUGUGGAAGUACUGAUCGUAAUGGAGGACAAAGAAUCGGAAACUAAGCCAAUAAAAAAAAUUAAAACAAAAAGAUCGAAAAGAUGUGAAUAUGAUAACGAGAAUAUAAGCAUGAGGAGUAGUUUUAAUAAAUUUGAUGAUCUUCAGAAGCAAAACCUACGGAAAGAUAAAAAAUUGUUCGACUUAGAUAAAAAUUUAGCGAUUGAGCAAAAUGCUAUGUGCCACCAAUGCAGUAAGGCAGUAUAUAAAAUGGAAGAAGUAAUUCUACAAAAAAAAAAUGAAACCAUUAUAUUUCACAAAACAUGCUUUCGUUGCCGAGAUUGCUUAAAACAACUAAGGCCUGAAAAUUACCACUUCCAUAAUGGAUGUUUAUACUGUAAUAUUCACUUCAAACUAAUUUUUGCACCGAAGAUCAUUUACGAAGCAGAACCUUCUCAUUGUAAACCAGAAUUAAUCAUAAGGGAAAAUGAACCCAAAUCAUUGCCUUCUGAUGUUGCUAGAGCAUCCGAUAAGCCAAACCUAGGACUAGAGGAGCUACAUCAUAUAAAUGUUCGGUCAAAAUUUAUGGCAUUCGAAAAUGGCCCUAAAAUAAGAAACGAGAUUUUAAAAGAAUGUGGAGAUUUUGAUGUUUUAAAUAACAACUUUGGAAGCGAUGAUGAAAACGACGUAAAAUUCAUACGAUCUGAAAAACAUGUAAAAAAGGACAGCCCUGCAGGAUUAGGGGAUGCAAUUAAAGACAUAAGAACAAGAUUUGAACUUGGUAAGGUUUUGGCAAAAGAAGAACGACGCGAAGAAACAAAACAAGAAAUACAAAACAUACGCUCUCGCCUGUUUAUGGGUAAACAAGCUAAAAUAAAAGAAAUGUAUCAGUUGGCAGUUGCUGAAUCAGAGCAAGGUAUAACAUCAGCGGGUAAAAUCCCGAAUGAAGAUGUUACGGUAGAAACACGAUUAAUAAAAAACCGAUUCGAAAAUGGUGAACUGUUUAAGAAAAGAAAUCAAAAAUCUAGUAAAGAACCCUUAAAAGCGGAUGCAGAUGUUUUCGAAUCAGGUAUAGGAAAAGCAUCGCGCAGUAUUUUCAUGGAGCUGGACGCAAAUCAUGCUUCAAAUAUAAUAAAGAGUCACACUCAAACUAAACCAGAAAACACCAUUUUGAGCUCUCCAAAUGUUGGCCCUAGAAUCAAUGAUGUUAUUAAAUACGAUUCGAAACCGGAGGAUGUUCAAAUUACCACAGAAAUUUUGACGGAAAGGUAUAACUUCUUUGAAAAUUUACGCAACAAUGAAAAUGAAAAAAUGCAGUGUGGCGUAGCACCGUCAGAAUUAAGUGUAGAAAAAAUGUCACCAUUAUACGUUGUUGCGGAAAACUUGAACCAAAAGCCUCCUUUAUUAUAUAAAGAUAGCAUUUUAGAAGAAACUCAAACCACUUCAACAAUUUUGAAUAAAUUUCGAGAAAUGUUUGAAAAAAAAAGCAAUUCCUCAAUGGAGACAUUAAAACCAAAGCCACUAAAAUGCUUUACUCCCCCACCUGAAAAUGUUAGCUUUUACAAUUCAAAAUAUUCAGAUGAAGACAAUGGUAGUGACGAUGAUACAGGAAUAAGUGACGAAGAAGAAAACAAUUUUGUCAACGAUUCCGAAAAGUCUCAAUAUAAGGAUCAAGCUCUUCAAGAUGCAAAGAAUGCGGCCCGUGCGAAGCACUUGCGCUCAAAAUUUGAAAAAUGGCAAAUUCACGAAAUGGAAAAUGAAUUGAAUGAAGGUCGCGUUGAUGUUUACUCUCAACUUAUAUCCAAUGAAUCAAUUGAAAGUGCGAAAAUUAUACGGGAACGAUUUGAAAAUAUGAAUAAUCUAGAAACUCGUUCAGAGAAUGUACCACGCCAUUCGAUUAAAAGAUUUGUUUAACUCGAGAAUAUUUUACAAUCAAAUAGUGGACAUAUCUGCACCCCAAAUGAAUGAAAUUGGUCACAAUCGCUAAUUAAUUAAUUGUAUUUAAUUUAACUUCUUGAAUAAAAUUUUAAUUUUU